UAAAAAUUAAAGUAAAACUAACUAAACGACCAUAUAAAUAAAUAAAAAUAAAAAAAUAAAACCAUUAUGGCGAACACUGCACAACUUUUGCGACGACAAAGCUCGCGCGACAUCGUGCUGAAGAGUCAGAAGAGCAUUGACCAUAUGGAAUUACGGGAAAUGCGUGGUCGUCUUGUACCCAAAGAACACCAUGGCAGUGGGACACAUCAUCAUCACCCCCACCAUCAUCAGCCACCUAUGUAUGGUGCAACCAAUCAAGCAUUUCUGGGUGAUGCUUUUGAUGAAUCGACCGAAUUGGAACCGGACGGUUUCGGUGCAGAGGCGAGUACCAGUAAAUCAAAAGCUGAAUUGGCAGCGGCAGUUUCGGCCACAGUUGAAGCAGCUGAAGAGGACAUUGUCGAGGGUGGAAAGGAGGGUGAUGAGCGCGAAA